AUGACCUGUGCCAAACCGAGAAACCAGCCAGACUUCCCUUGGGGCAGCAGUGGCCCCCAGCAGGCCACCAGGUCCUUUUGUACUUUUGAUAUGCCCUUCCGCAGCCAUUCAUUCCUGUACGUGUCAGCCAACCAACCUGUGGCCUGGAGGCACCCAAGGGAUGACCUAGUUCCUUCCGCCUCCUGCCUCUUCUCCAUGCUGCCCCCCCAGUUGCAUUGGCCAGCCUGCCCCAUUCCCCUCCCCACCUGCUGUGCCAAACCUCCCAUAGUUUUCAAACCCCUUUCGGAGCUUGGCCAAGCCCACCCUCCCAUCCCCCUCAACCGCUCCCUGCUCCAUGCCAGCCGGACACACCUAUCCUGGCCUCCCCAGCGCCUUGCCUUCUUGGGUUGGAUCAGGCCAAUGGACCUCAGAGGCAUUAGGUGGGGCAGGAGAAGGAGGAGGCCAAGGGCAGGCUGGGCACAGAGAGGAGCAACUGGGAGGGUUGGGCAGGGGGGAGGGAAUAUAGCUGCAGGGCAGCGCAGUGUAAAUGCAGUGUGCCCAGGGAGAUGA